CAGCCGGAGAGGCUACCGGACCGCACCUCCCCCGCGCAGGGCGGGUCCCGCGCGCUUAUUCCCCCGGCUGGGGAGCUCCGAGCAGAGCCCGCCGCCGACUGCCGCUGCGGGAUGCUGCGCUCUACGUCCACCGUCACCCUGCUCUCGGGCGGCGGCGCCAGGGCGCCCGGGGCGCCCAGCAGGAGGGCAAAUGUCUGCAGAUUGCGGCUGACCAUACCUCCUGAGAGUCCAGUUUCUGAGGAAAGUGAGAAGAAAGUUGAAAGAAAAGAGCAACACCCUGACCUAGGCAAUGGAGAACCGACCAGGAGACUUCCUCAAGGUGUUGUCUAUGGUGUGGUCCGAAGAUCAGAUCAAAAUCAACAGAAAGAAAUGGUGGUGUAUGGCUGGUCCACCAGUCAGUUAAAAGAAGAGAUGAACUACAUCAGAGAUGUGAGAGCCACUUUGGAACAAGUAAGGAAGCGGAUGUAUGGAGACUAUGAUGAAAUGAGACAGAAGAUUCAGCACCUCACCCAGGACCUGUCAGUUUCACAGGCUCAGCAAGACUAUCUCGAGAGUCACAUCCAGACACAGUCGUCAGCCCUGGAUACUUUUAAUGCCAUGAACUCGGCUUUGGCUUCGGACUCCAUUGACCUGCAGAAAACCCUCAUGGAUGUUACUUUGGAAAAUAGCAACAUCAAGGAUCAAAUCAGAAAUUUGCAGCAGACAUAUGAAGUAUCCAUGGACAAGCUACGGGAGAAGCAGAGGCAGUUAGAGGUGGCACAAGUCGAAAACCAGCUGCUGAAAAUGAAGGUGGAAUCCUCCCACGAAGCGAAUGCCGAGGUGAUGAGAGAGAUGACCAAGAGGCUGUACAGCCAGUACGAAGAAAAGCUGCACGAAGAGCAGCAGAAGCACACUGCCGAGAAGGAGGCUCUCCUGGAAGAAACCAAUAGUUUUCUGAAAGCGAUUGAAGAAGCCAAUAAAAAGAUGCAAGCAGCAGAGAUGAGCCUAGAGGAGAAAGACCGGAGGAUUGGGGAGCUGGACAGGCUGAUUGAACGUAUGGAAAAGGAACGCCAUCAACUACAGCUUCAGCUCCUGGAGCACGAAAGCGAAAUGGCAGGAGAAGUAAAUGGUCCUGACAAGGAGAGGUAUCAGCAGCUAGAGGAGGCGUCCGCCAGCCUCCGGGAACGGAUCCGACACCUGGAUGACAUGGUGCACUGCCAGCAGAAGAAGGUGAAGCAGAUGGUUGAGGAGAUCAUGUCACACGAGCUGUUCUCCAGAUUUAGUCUCCGGCUCUUUGGAAGAUGAUAAAAUGAUAGGCUGCUGUGGGUCAGAACCGAUUCCUUUUUUUGUGUGUGACUGGAAGAACACGUGUUCCCUCUCUGCUGGAAAGAGGUGGCAUGUAUCUGUGAUGAACCAUUGAACAAAACAGGAAGGACAUGCUAUUGAAAGGAAAGUUUGACCUGGUAGGGCUCUUGUUUGUGAAAAUACCAAAUACCACAGCCUCCAUUUGUCCAGCCUCACACUGCAGAGUCAAGAGAACUCAAAUAUCUACAGAGUAUUUUUAGGAAUUUGGGUUCCUAGGCCACAAAGAAGGAACUGCAAUGAAAAAUAGUACUAAAAAGUAAUUCAGAAAGUGCCGGGUGGAGGCUGGUCCUAAGAUCUUGGAGAAUGAAGCCUUACUUAAUGGGAAAACUGCACAGGACACCUGCUAAGGAGAUGGGAAGCAGGCUUGAAGAACUCCAGUGCUCCAGAAAGGAAGUGCUCUCCACCAGCUCACAGCCCGGAUAAUGCAGGAGCGGCCAGCUGUCCAUGUAGCUCAGUUGUAUUUGUAUGUGGGAGGUGGGCCUGAGGAUGUCCUUUCUCAAAGGAGAUGAAUCUUACUAGUCAACGUAGCAUUCUUGUUUAGGAAAAGUUUGCCUUCUAUUUCUAUGGGCAUUUUGUCUGAAUAGACAAUUCAGCUAAUUGCACAGAAAGGAGAAGUGUAUCUGAGGAAAAGAGAAAUGUAUUCAUCAGAAAUACACUGAAAUGAAAUAUACUGCAUGCCUGCUUUAUUUUUAUAGAAGUCUUGCUGAGACAGCCCAGGUACUGAUGUCUCAUGAGAACAGUGUUGCUUAUUCCUAGGAGCAGGAGCAGCCGCAGCAGUAGGGGGAAUAGUCAGGGUGGCAUCAGCAGGUGCACGGGGCUGAUGGAGGGCUCAUUGCGGGGCUGUGUGCUCGGUGGUUCUCCACUCCACCACUUCUCCAUGGCAGAGUCAGCCGGUAAAUGGUUGCUUGUCAGAAUCCAUCUCUGGCCACGUAGAUGCUUCUGCCCAGCUCAGGCAGGUAGGCAGUGGUAACCCACUGUUAAUGCUGUAAACCUAUGCCAGUAUUCUGUUUGAACAGAUCCCUAGAUACUCUGUGCAGUGUCCAGACCUGCGCUCCGGCAGAGUUGAGUCCGAUUUGAGUCACUCCAGCACUGUGACCUAUAUAUACUGUUUCUAGGGAUGCCUUCACUGCCCUCAUAUUUUUCUGAGUCUCUGGUGGAAAAGUUACUGGCAUUUGUUCUAAUGGAAUAGGUUCAUUACCCUGCUUCCAAAAGAUGUCACAAUAUGGAGCAGGGAAUGUCAUAUCACCUGUGUGAGCCUCCCUCCCAGGACUGUGCCUUCCCUGUGCCCUUGAAGUUUCUUUUCUCUUUUGGGCUACAGAGAGUACUUGGAGGCCAGAUAGGCCUUAUUUCAUGGGGGCAUACAGUGAGGGAGGUGCCUAGGGUGUCUGCAGAACCCUGAGAGUGCCUCCCAAGUUUUAUGUGCUCAGCGCCCCACGCACCUUCCCCCAGGCCAGCCCGUGUCUGAUGGGUGAUCCCCUUAGAUCUGGGAGCCUCCCCUGACAGGACCUUCUUCCACCGGCUCCUCCCUGCCUUUGCGCGUGUCCUUCAGUUCACCUCCUCCUGCCAGGACUGUGAUAUGGCGUGAACUCAACUUUCCGCUUGCGGAACCCGAGUUAGAUGCUCAGAUCCUGCCCCUCACCAACCCCUCAGUCCCACCCCCUCCCCUGCUCCUCUCCUUCACUCCAUUAGUAAACUUGGCUCUUAAGGCUUUAGUUUUGUCUCAUGGCCACUCACACCGACCCACAGGAGGCGCUACCGAACAAUUUGAGGCAGAAUUUAUUUACAGUAAAUGAAAAUAUUAGUUUCAAGUUCUAGUGUUCAACACCAUGUUACUUCUCUAUUUUAAAAUCUUAGGAACUUUAAGAAAAAUGUGCAGUUUUUAGAAGGUAUCAGAAAGGUAUCAUGUGUGUAUAAGCCUUUUUCCCCAAUGUGUUACAGAAAAACUGCAGGUCCAAUUUGUGACAUGUACUUGAUUAAUGUAUUCACAAUACAAAUUGUCCUGUCAAGGGAGAAGUUCUUUUCUUUGUAAAUGUUAUUGAAUCCACUUUCUCUUUGUUGAGAUGGUUGCUAAUUAGCUGUGAAAUACUUCUCAGAAACCUGGGUGUCCACAUUCUGCCCGUAGAGAGGUUGUGAGGUUGUGUUCCUGUUCUGAGUAGCUACCAGCUAUUGAAUAUUUCUUCUGUUUCAAGGCGGUGCAUGGAGACCACAUUCCCACAUUCCCUCUGUGGGAAGUAUUAUUACCACAGAUUUUUUAGCACCAGAAACUGAGACUUAGAUUCUUAAAAAAUAAGUAGUUGGCCGUCUCUCAGCAAAUGAUGAUGGUGUGGGAGCCAAACUCAGGUCUUUGACUCCAAACCCAGCAUUCCUUCUUUGCUUCUUUUUUUUUAAUUGGAAAAAAAAAUUCUAACAUAGGAAAUUAUAGAGGAUGAUUAAAAAAAAACCCCAUAUACUCUAGAAUUGACAAAUACUGAUGUUUUGGCUUAUUUCAGAUUGUUUCUAAAUAAAAGAAAACAUUAGGGACAAAAUGUUACAUUUUUACUCUUCCCAAUUCUAGUUGCCCCCCUCAAAGGCAAUUUGGUCUCUAUCCAGGCCAUGUUUCAGUGCUUUUACUGUGUACAGAUGUAUAUGUUAUCAGUAUUAGCUUAAUUUAUGUUUUUAAAAAUGCAUGCAAAUUUGUACUUAUAAUAUAUAAAUAAGUAAAUGUUAUUGUAUAUAAUUUGCAACUUACUCUUUUCCCCAAUUUUGUUUUUGAUGCUGUUACAUAUAGAUCUAAGUUAUUCAUUUUAAUGGCUAAUAUCCCAUUGUGUGAAUAUAUAUUGUAUAUAUGUAUUUGAAUUAUAUUGUAAUGUAUCAUUUUGCUAGAUACUUCGCUUUGUCUCCAAAUUUUUAUUCUUUUACAAACAAUGCCAAGCAUGUCUCUUUGCUUCUCUAAGAGGAGGAAUUGCUAGGACCUUAGAUUGACAUGCUACUGCCCAGUUGUUCUCCAAAGUCUACAUACACCUUCCACCUAUCAAGUGUGAGAGGGCGGAUUUUUCCACAUCCUCACUACGUCUUGGUACUGUUGGGCUAUAAUUUUAGCCAAUUGUGAAAUAGUAUCUCUAUUUUGAUUUUAAUUUUCUUUAGUCUGAUUACUUCAUUACUACUGGUGAGUCUGAGCAUCUUUUCAUAAGCCUAUUGACAAUGCGGGCUUCCAUCCUUAUGAAUUGACUGUUUAUAUCUUUUCUUCCUUUUUCCAUUUGGUUUAUCUUUCCUCCUGCUGACUUGUAGGAGCUCUGUAUACCUGCAGGAGUAAUCAUUUAUUAACAAAUAUGGAUGCUAAUACCUCCUCCCAGUCAAUGGUUUUUGUUUAUGGUCUCGUGUAAUAUACAAGUUUUUAAUUUUGGUAUAAACUUAUUAAUUUUUUUUUGGUGCAGUGUGUGUGUCUUGUUUGUCAUAAGGUAUAUUUUGUAAUAGUUUUAGAGUUUUGUUUUUCAUCUUUAGGUCUUAAAUGUAACCCCCCCUACUCAUACCCUCCAUCCUCUUCCUUACUCUGUUUUUCUCCAUAGCACUUAUCAUCUUGUAAUAUAUACCACGCUCAGCUUACCUGUUUUGCUUAUUUAUUUGUUGUGUAUUAGACUGUAAGCUCCGUGAGGGCAGUGGCCUUGUCUGUUUUGUUCAUGGCAAUGUCCCUAAUAUCAGAAAUAGUCACUGCCAUAUAUUAGGUGCUCAAUAAAUAUUGGUUGAACAAAUAAA